AUGUCGUUCCCUUCAACCAUGACGAGCUUGAUUCAGAAUCCACAAUUACGACUGCUGAAUGCGCUUCGAGAAAAUGCUAAGCCGAUUAUGACCUUCUUGGGCCUUCCGUCUUUUCGAACAGCUCAGGUGGUUGCUUUGACUGGUGUCGAUGGCAUUAUCAUAGAUUGCGAACAUGGUCAUAUCAGUGACGAUGGCAUGCAUAGCUCAACUGCCGCUAUCGCUGCUUUGGGCGUGUCGCCGCUUGUCCGGCUCAGAAUGACUCACUCAGAUUUGAUCAAAAGAGCUUUGGAUGCCGGUGCACAUGGCAUUGUUGUCCCUCAAAUAAAUACCGCCGAAGAGGCGAAAGCCGUUGUCCAAUGUUCAAAAUUCCCUCCACAGGGACUUCGCGGGCAGGGCUCGGCAUUCCCAGCAAUCGCUCACGGCAUCGAUAUUCCAACAUACAUGAAAAUUGCGAACGAAACUAUCAUCACAUGCGUUCAAAUUGAAUCUCAAGCCGGAAUCGAGAAUGUUGACGCCAUCUGUGCUGUACCCGGUGUAGAUAUGGUUUUUAUCGGACCAAAUGACCUUGCUCUAUCUGUCCUUGGUUACGUCCCCGCAAAGGGUAGCGAGCCUGACUUUGUCAACGCCAUUGAAAAAAUCGUGGCAGCUGCCAAAAAGCAUGGCAAAUGGGUCGGUCGAUUAUCAAAUGACGGAGCAUCUUGCAAAGAGCACUUGAAGGUUUUUGACAGUGUCGCUAUGAGUUACGAUAUUCGAGCGCUUCAAAAUUGGUAUAUGAGUGAGUUGCAAGUUGCGCGCUCAUGA